AUGGGGGCAGAAUUGGCUGCUGGUGAACAUCAAAAUUUAAAUGAUGCUGACUUUACCUGUUCUUUAUUUCGAUUUUUACAAUUAACAUGUGAAGGCCAUAAUUUAGAUUUUCAAAAUUAUUUGAGAACUCAGUCUGGACACACUACAAGUGUUAAUUUAAUUAAUUCUACAGUUGAUUAUUUACUUAGACUUCAAGAAUCUGUUAUGGACUUUUAUUGGCACUAUAGUUCUAAAGAAGUAAUUGAUGAAGGAGGAAAAGAAUAUUUUCUUAGAGCCAUUCAAGUAUGCAGUCAGGUAUUUAAUACACUCACCGAAAGUAUUCAAGGUCCCUGUGUUGGUAAUCAAAUGACUUUAGCUAAUUCUCGACUUUGGGAUGCCAUAAAUGGAUUCUUCUUUCUAUUUGCUCAUAUGAUGGAAAAAUUAUACAAAAAUAGUACACAAUUAGAAUUGUUGAGAGAAUUUCUGAAUUUACAAAAAGAUAUGAUUGUUUUGAUGCUUUCAAUGCUUGAAGGGAAUGUACUUAAUGGGCCAAUUGGAAAGCAAAUGGUUGAUGCUUUAGUUGAAAGCCAACAAUGCAUUGAAAUGAUUAUCAAAUUUUCUGAUAUGUUUCUCAAAUUAAAAGACUUAACAACAUCACAAGCUUUUCAAGAUUUUGAUACUAAUCAUGAUGGAUGGAUCUCACCAAAAGAAUUUCAGAGAGCAAUGGAGGCUCAGAAAAUGUAUUCGAUUGAGGAAAUUACUUAUUUAAUGAUGUGCACUGAUGUAAAUAAUGAUGGAAAAGUUGAUUAUAUGGAGUUUACUGAAAGAUUUCACAAUCCUGCCAGAGAUAUUGGGUUUAAUCUUGCUGUUCUCCUUACCAAUUUAAAAGAACAUAUAACAAAUGAUCCUCGACUUGAAAAAAUUGUCGAAAAGGCAGCCUCUCUCCUCGAAUAUUUUGAUCCAUUCCUUGGCCGUAUAGAAAUUAUGGGAUCUGCCAAACGAGUGGAAAAAAUUUAUUUUGAAAUACAAGAAAGUUGGCUUGAACAAUGGGGAAAGCAACAGAUUCGUGACUCUAAAAAUGCUUUUCUCUUUAAUGUUCUUCAGGAUGAUGGCGGUGAUCAGGGGAAAUUAGAAGCGUUUAUUAAUUUUUGUGAAGAUACCAUUUUUGAGAUGCAACAUGCCGCUGAGAUUAGUUCUUCUGAAGGAACUGACUCAAAAUUAGAACGGGCUAUGCGGCAACGCGACUAUUUUCUCCAACAAACAACUGCUGGUGAACAUAUAUCCAAUACAUUAAGAGCUGGAUAUAAAUGUGGAUUAUCUGCUUUUACUUUUUUAAAACCUGAGUUUGUAUUUGAUUUUAAUUUUCUUAUUCAAUUUUAUUUUAGAAAUAUUCAAAAAGAAUUGAAAAAGGCAGCAAAGAAAUUUAGGUCAAUGACGUGGGGACAAGUCUUCAAAUCUUUGGUUCGCCUCGGCUUCUCCCUUACCCGUUCCUUAGUUAUGUUUAUUAUUUUUUUGCUUAUGACUGUUUUUCGAUUUGUUGUUAACCUAAUGAGCGAUCAUGAAGAUAUACCCCCCGGCCAUGAGGAUGCUGAAAAAUUGGAGGCAUCAACACACGCCGGCAAAUUUGGCGCUCAUCUUCAUCCGACAACUGCUCCAUCAACUCCAACCUUAUUAAGGGACUAUACUAAAACUUCAACCUUGCAUGAUGUUGAUGCUUUCGGCAUUCAUAUACACCAUACAGACAGUCGGGGUCACAGUCCUGCUACGGCAGCUCAAAGCCGUCAAGGUUCUCCACAAAAACAACCUCCACCUAAUGGACCUUCAACAAUUGGAAGGCAUCAAAAACCAGCAGAUGAAGAAAACAAAAAACAAUAUUCUGAAGAACCUGCCGAUAAAAGAAAAACAAGUACUGGAAGCCAAAAAGUGAGAAUUUCCCCUUCAAGUAAUGAAAAUGAAGGAAGAAAUGGAAAUCGACCAUCAUUGGAUAGCACUAUACCUCAAAUGCAUAGACCUAGUAUUUAUGAUUUCCAAUCAUUAUUUGGUGGUGGGGGUUCUGCUUAUUUUACUGAACUUCAACAGCAACAACAACAAUUAUUGGCACAACAACAACAUCAACAACAAUUGGCAUUUUACGAGCCUAAAAUAGCUGAACAAUUUAAUUCUCGUCGUUCACGUUCUUCUCUUUUAAAUAUUUUGGCAAGAAAUUAUAAAACUGUUGAAAAGAUUACUCUUUGUUUGGCAUUCUUUAUUAAUGUUAUUUUACUUUUCCAUCGAGUUGAUAUUGUCAGUAGUAAUGAAAAGAAGGAUAACAUUGCACAAAUUGAAGCAUUACACAAAGGAAAGGGAGAAGAUGAUGAUAAUGAUGAAGAUGAAGAAGGAAAUGUUUUGGAAACUAUUUAUAUUACUGGAAUGACUCUUCCUUAUAUUAGCUACGAGAUUACUGGUUGGAUUCUAUCGCAGUUUCUUUAUUGGUUAAGUGUUUUGCAUGCAAUUGCUUCUGUAGCCCUUCUCGUUUCCUUCUAUCAACUUAAAAUUCCUUUAAUUACUUUUAAACGAGAAAAGGAAGUAGCUAGGAAAUUAAUGUUUGAUGGUUAUUGGAUUACUGAAGAUGAAUCUGGAAAUGAUGAAAGGGGAAUUAUUGAUACACUUUUUUGGUAUUUGGACAGAAUUGUAAUAAGUUCAAAAUCAUUUCCAAUGAAAUAUUGGGAUAAAUUUGUUAGAAGAAAAACAAAACAAAAAUAUAGAGAACAAGUAGAUGAAGAGACCUUAGAUUUGUUGUUAGGGACUGAAAGAAGUCCUGGCGACACAUCUUUUGAUUAUCGUUAUUCUUGUUGGCUCUGGACGGGUGUAAUUUUAACAAACAGACAAUUUCUUUAUCGUGUUUGUUAUUUACUUUGUUCUGUUCUCGGUGUUUUUAUUUCUCCAUUUUUCUACGCCUUUUUAUUAAUUGAUGUUGUUCUUUCAUUUCCUAUGCUCAAAGCAAUUCUUCAAUCUGUCACCCAUAAUUUACAACAAUUAAUUUUGACAAUUAUGAUGACUUUAGUUGUUGUUUAUUUAUAUACUGUUGUUGCUUUUAAUUUCUUUAGGAAAUUUUAUGAAGAAGAUGGUGGUGAACCUGAUAGAAAAUGUCAUUUUAUGCUUACCUGUUUUAUUUAUCAUUUUUAUGCUGGUGUUCGUGCUGGGGGUGGAAUUGGUGAUGAAUUAGAAUCUCCCUAUGGAGAUGAAUUAGAAUAUGCCAGAAUGCUUUAUGAUAUUUCUUUUUUCUUUUUUGUUAUUAUUAUUCUUUUGGCUAUUAUGCAAGGUCUCAUAAUUGACGCUUUCGGGGAACUUCGAGACCAGCAAGAAUCUGCUACAGAAAAAUUAGAAUCCUCUUGUUUUGUUUGUGAUAUUGGAAAGGAAACAUUUGAUCGAUUGCCUCGCGGUUUUGAUAAUCAUACCAAAAAAGAGCACAAUUUUGCUAAUUAUUUGUUUUUCCUCCAACAUUUGGUUAAUAAAGACGAAACUGAAUAUACGGGGCAAGAAACUUAUGUACGUGAAAAAUAUGAUAAUCGAGAUUGGGAGUUCUUCCCUGUUGGGGAGUGCUUUAUGAAACAAUAUGAGGAUCAGUUGAUUCAAUCUUCAUAG